GACCAGAGCGGCCCCGCCCCGGGCGGCCCCCCCCCGCCCGCACGCCUUGCCCACCGCGCGGGGCGCAUGGCGGGUGCCGCCGCGGGCCGGGACGCGUGCGCCGAGCUGCCGUCCAUCGUGCGGGUCAACAGGGCCCACCUGCCGCUGGCGCCCUCGCGCUACCUGGCCGCGCUGCGGGCGGAGCUGGAGGCGUGCGGGGACUGCGAGCAUCAGGUGCGCAUGCUGCUCCGCGAGCCCCUGCUGCUGCACGCGGUCGCCGUCGAGAUCUGCCAGCAGCGCGCGGCGGUGCCGCCGGCGGUGCCGCCGGCGGGCGGGCGCCCCGCGCGGUCGGCACACAUGAACGCGAUCUGCUGCGAGACCGCGGAGCGCUGCAGGGCGCGCGCCCGCGCGAGGGCAGCGGAGGGCACCUUCGCGGAC